AUGGACGAACCUGACCCUUGGACUUCUGAUGCCAAUCAAGCGGUCCACAUCUCCUUCAUUCGACCCGGCGAAUCCUCUUCAAAAGCACCUUCCACCGUUCACCCUAAAUUCACUUACCCAAUAUUUGGGGAGCAUGAGAAGAUUUUUGGAUACCAGAAUCUUGCGAUCAAUCUACGGUUCACUGAGCACGACCUAAGACCUCACAUUGAGAUUACCUAUGAUAAAAAGUAUAGACCGCUUGGGGAAACGAAAGCUUUGGAUAUUAAAGAGACUCUAGAGCCUUUUGUCGCCAAAGAGUCCUUCGAUAAGGCUGCUACGUAUAACGAUCGAAUACAAGAUGACGCUGGCGCAAAGGACUUCAGGCCGCCAGGCCAACUCAUACAAUCUUACACCAGCAAAGGUCGAAAUUUCGAGAUAUGGAGUGGAGACUUGCGAGAUCCAGACGUUCGAGCGUUGGUCGACCGUAUGCAAGUUCUUGUGUCAUUCUUCAUAGAGGGCGGAACGCCGCUAGAUCUUGAGGAUCAGGAAUGGUCGCUGGCUAGAUGGCGCAUUUAUCUUGUAUAUGAGAAACUCAGAAUAGUCAAGCCGAAAAUGGCUAAUUACUCAUUUGUUGGCUAUUCGACAUCCUACCAGUUCAUAUUCUAUACCCCGAGGACCUCGAAAUCAUCAGAACCUCAGGUCUUCAUGAUUCCACCAUCCACCCCGCUACACGCUGCUGAUCUGCCAUCUCGGGUACGAAUAUCCCAAUUCUUGAUCCUUCCCGCUCACCAUUCAUACGGACAUGGUUCACAUCUCUAUGAUUGUAUGGUCAAGACAAUGCUUGCUUCAUCUACUUGCAUCGAGAUUACUGUCGAGGAUCCUAGUGAGGCUUUUGACGACUUGCGCGACAUUCGCGAUUAUGCUCGAUUAUCGUCUAAGGGAAUCUUUCCGAAGAUCAAGUUGAAUUCUACAAUUGAUUCAAAACUUACUAUGAACCGCAGUGGUCUGCGUGUCCCAACAUCUCAGCUUAUAGAUAGAACACUUCUCGAAACAAUUCGACGGCAAGAAAAAAUUGCCCCAAGGCAAUUUUAUCGGCUCAUAGAGAUGCACCUACUGUCUCAGAUACCCCCACACACUCGACAGGCAGGCACGGCUCGUCUCACACAAAAGGGGAGGUCUUCGAAUCCUGAUGAUCGGGCAUUUUAUUACUGGCGAUUACUUGUGAAGCAGCGUGUGUUCAAGCAGAACAAGGAACAAUUAGGUCAGCUAGAUCGAGGGGAACGAGCAGAUAAAGUGGAGCAGACUGUUGGUGAGAUUGUGGGGGACUAUGAACGUUUGAUGCUCAUGAUGAAAAAAUGGCAAGAGGCCGAGGCGAAGAGUAAUGAAAAUGAAGAUCAGCGGCAGCUCAAUGGACCCAAAGACAGAGGUAAGCGAAAGGUUCUCGAGGAUGACGAUGACGAUACGGAUAUGGAAACUCCAAAGCGUGCGAGGAGCGAAGUACUGUAG